ACCCGUAUUGUGUUGGGGAUGUAUGAGGUUUUCCGACACUGCGCAGGGGUGUAUGUGUGUGUCUGUGUAGGGGCUGUGUUCACGGUUGACCAGGUUCAAGAAGCGUCAGUCUCAAUAUAACAGCACUCGAGGCCAAGCGACAUCUUUCUUGCAUCCCCCUAACAAGUUGAUCUCAGUCCUGGGAGAAUGACGUCCGCAGGAUGCGGGGCCGAUGAGCUGAGUCCGGAGCUGCAGGAGAGGGCUGCGAUAUACGCGAGCGAAGAUCUCGACGCCAAGGAGAUCAUUAUGGAGGAGAUCCAAACCACCCUGAAGACAACCGUUCCAGAUGUUGCAGCAGAUGAAAAUCGUCUGCUUCGAUUCCUCCGCGCGAACGAAUUCCGCAUAAAGCAGACGUCCGACUGCGUGAAGGCGUUUUACAAGUACAAGGCCAACAACCCUGAACUCUUUACGCCACUACCGCUACAGGAGGCUCGCGACAUCGUUCACAGCGGCCUCAUCGGGGUGUUACCAGGCCGCGACGUGCAGGGAGGCAGAGUGUUGUACGUCAGAAUAGGUCUGUGGGACCCGGAUAACACCCCGAUGGAAGAUCUAUUCAGACUCACCAUUUCUCUACAUCUCAAACUCAUACAGGAUCCUGAGACUCAAAUUGGGGGACUGAGGAUUCUUGAGGACAUGGAAGGGUUGUCAUGGAAACACUCUAAAUCACUAUCCAUACCACUUAUGCGGAAGGUCAGCAAGCUGUUCGAGGGGGCGUUUCCUGCUCGGUUUGAUGGUUUCCACAACAUGAACGAAUCUGAUGAGAUUGAUCGACUGUGCAUACUCAUCUUGCCUUUCUUUAGCACCAGGUUGAAGGGACGGAAUCAUUUCCAUGGAACCGAUUAUGCCGAGUUGUACGAGUACAUUCCCCAGGAGAACUUGCCAGAGCUGUACGGAGGCCGCGUAACAGACAGACAGAUCCAGGACUUCACGAUGUCACUUCUGAGAGAUUACAAGGAGGACGACUUUGGUGACGGGGGCGCGGCGAAGAUACCCAAGACUGAGGACAGUGUCACAAGUGCCACCCUGGUAUCACAGUCAACAUACGGGAGCUACAGGAGAGUUGACCCCUCCUAGUAUCUGGGAGAAGUGUUCUCAACCACGGUGCUAUUCCAGUAUGAUGGAAGUUAUAUAAUAGAACUUAAACAUUUCACCUUUUCUUAUGGCCUUUCAGGCGAGUAUCCUCUAGGGCAGAAGUAACUAUGAUCUCAUGAAUGAAUAGUUUAGACAAAUAUUAAUUACACUGAUGUUGACAAGUGUUCUAUAUAACUCUGUAAAGAACAAACCACUUGAUAUGACUGGCUGAAAGCUUGGUGCUUAUUUAUACCUCUUGGUGCCUACUGGUGUUAAGAAACGUCAAAUUCCCUUUCCAAGCAGUUGAAUGUAGUAGCUAAUUAUAAAGGCGAUCAUUAUACUGCUCAAAAAAAGUUAAGAAUAGCCUCAUUAUUUCAUAUUUCUUUUUAGGUUAAACUGCCAUGGUCUGACAGAUUUAUCAAGGAAUCGGAUGAUACUUUACUACUUGAUAUAGUGUGUAAAACACAAAUAUUGCUUCACAGAAUUGAAGUGAACAUUUAAGUCUUGUUUAAACUGUGAUUGUAAAAACAUUUUCAGGGAGCCCUUCGGCCCGCUAAACACGAAUAUACUUCAAAAUGUUCAAAGUAAAUGAGAGCAGACUGUAGUUCGUCGGCAUCCGAAAAACUUAUGAUUGACAACGUUUACUUUCGCUUGCAUUUGAGUAUAUAUCCAGUGUCGGGGACAACGGGGUCAGCUUACCUUAUAUAACAAGGAGAUGGUAAAGAUGUAAUGCAUGCAUUCACACACAAAUCCUUUGCAAAAUAUGCAUCCUAAACCUCACCCUUUCUUGAACCAGGUGGGGCGGUGGGGUAGCCUUGUGGUUAAAGCGCUCGUCACGCCGAAGACCAGGAUUCGAUUCCCCACAUGGGUACAAUGUAUGAAUCCCAUUCCUAAUGUCCCCAGUCGUGAUAUUGCUGGAAUAUAUUAGUGGCGUAAAACUAAACUCACUCAUUCUUUAUCCACGUGUGAAUAGAGGAAUUAGGUAUCUACCGUAUGCAUUACGUCACCGGUGUUCUUUCCAUACGCUUCAAUGUCGCCAUGAAUACAAUGAGUAAAAUAUUUUUAAA